CGAUGUGGCGCUACCCUUUUUCCUUUCACCGUGUGUUUGACCUCGACCAACGCCCGCCACGUGGUUUCCCGCCCAAGUGGAGAGGGCCCUUUCCCGAAGAAGUUGAUGGCUACAAGGACGUCCUUGUGUACUAUAUGGACAAGGAACCCAAAAUAUGUCGCUUGCCCGAGUACGAGAUGUACUGUGCGUCCGGUGGCUCACCGCGGUUUGCCAACGACUAUGCUAUGCGGCUCAUAUGGAAGGAGCUUCGGGAGCAGGGACUCGAGUGCUACAGGAUGGUGCGGUUCGUAGACACAUUUGGGUAUGACUUACAGCCCGUCCAGCUGGAGCACCACCAGGCCUACGGGCUCUGGCUCGGUGAGGACGGGACGGACACAUGCACCCACUCACUCACGGACCACACGAGGCACACAAGAUGCAGACAGGAACGCAUAGGCAAUCGACCCUCUCUCUUUCCAUAUGUGUCUGUCUGUCUGUCUGUCUGUCUGUGUGUGUGUGUGUGUGUGUGUGUGUGUGUAGGUCCGUUGUGGUCGGCCGAGAAGGAGACCGAGUGGCGGAGAGACAACGCACCUGCUUUGGUCAAGUGGUGGCGGCGCGUCACUCAGAGGAGGCACCGACCAGCCGACGACGAGGCAGCGGAACCACUCGCCGAGUAGCUAUAGACAGCUGGGAACAGGUGCAGGAUAGGACAGGGGACAGGGAGAGAGAUAAAGAUAGACUUGGUCUGUCGAAGGCGCGCACAGCUGUGUCUGUGUCAAGUCCAUGAGUGCCAGGGCCAGAUUCUCGACAGCCACACUUUUGUGACUCUUUUAUAUUUAGUCUGUAUAUAACCGCCGACCAAUGCCCACACGACCCUUGGGCCCAUGACUGACUGCAGCCAGUAGCUAAGGGUGUGCCUCUUCAGCGUGCUUGCUCUUUUCUGCUGCCCCCCGCUGUGUCUGUCGCCCUCCUCCCCGGCUGUGUCUGUCUAUCUCUCUGUUGGGCCGACGUGGGCCGAGGACUGCGGCGGAUUCCACCUGAUGUGCCUCGUGUGCGUGGGCAUGUCGACAUCAUGGAACAAGGACCGCCUGCAAAGUAUGAACAACGCCGUAUGAAUCGCUCACUCAUCAAUUUCGAUAAUCCUUU